AUUAAAAAGGAAAGGGAUGUGAUGAGCAAUGAAUAGAGAAGAGGAGGAGCAGGAGCAGGAGGAGGAAGAGGGUGUGGGCGAGAUGAGGGCACAGAGCCACAACACCAGGCAGUCAGCCAGCGCUUGCUUGGUGGUGAUGUGUGACAUGCUGCCCACACACCCGCCCCUCCUGCUGCUGCUGUUGUUGGUCGUCCCUGCCAAGAGUGUGACCCCAGGUGACCUCGAGACUGUAGUGGGGGCGGCAUCUGCGUCCCGUGACGAAUCGCAGGUGAUCCAGGGCGGCACGGCGGCGACGGACGAGGAUAGGUUCGUGGUGGGCCGCUCCCUGGUGGCGGUCAAGGUGCAGCAGAACAUCGUCCAGGGGAACCCCAUGUUGAAGGCGAACCCCUGGGAAAAGGGAGAGCAGGAUGAGGAGGAGAGUGGGGGCGAGGCGCCAGCCAAAGCGAAGAGCCUGAUCCUGCUGGACGAGGACACGGCGCACCAGCACAACUACUUGCUGGAGGAGACCGCCGCCAGCACGCCGGUGAGGAAGUGCUGCGAGUUGGGCUUCUUCAGCCUGCAGACGCAGCAGUGCGAGGCGGCGCCCGUGAACAUGGACUUCGAGGACCUUGUGCAGAGUCUGCGGCAACCGGACGCCAGCAGCCACGGGGGCGUGCAGCUGGUGACGGGGCCGCUACUCACGUGUCCUGACACGGGCAGGACGCCCGUCAUCAGCGAGGUGGUGCACGGCUCACACCUGCUGUUGGAGCACGGCUUCUUGCGCAGCGAGGUGACGGGGCACGACCACGACCACGACCACUACUGCCUGGAGCUGGCGGCGCCGGGGCCUGACCAGCUGGAGGCCAGCAUCAUGGUGGCGGCACAGUGCCAGCCCUGGGCCACCAAGAUCCUCACCCGGAAGUGCUGCGCCCUGGACCAGUACUACGACCACGCCCUGGAGGAGUGCCGCCCCAAGCUGGCCAACAUGAGUGGCCACGAGGAGCUGGUGCGGGAGUUCAUCCGCAGCGACGCCGGCGUGUCCUCCAUCAAGGUGCAGACGGGCACGCUGCGCUGCGACCGCGGCGCGCCGCGCAUCGUGGUGGCGGACCAGGCCUUCCUGGACGCCUCCAGCCAGCUGUGCGAGCGCCUCACCGGCAAGUGCCAAACCACCUCCUCCUACUGCGUCGAGUGGGCGGCUGGUAACACCACCAUGACCGCCUUGGCGUUCGUCUGCCCCGUCGAGGCCUUCCACAAGUGCUGCCCGAAGAACUACUUGCUCACCGAGACGGGCUGCGUGCUCGCCGGCUCCGGGGACGUGUCAGCGCGCAUGAGGCACCUGAUGGAGAAGCUGGAUCCCCUCUACGGCUUCCCAACGGAGAACGGCGGCCAGCUGUGCGUGCGGGAUAUGAUUACCCCUGACGAUGCUGACGUGCAGUGGUGGAUCAGCAAGAACGGCUACCUGUCAGUGAACACCCGUGGCGACAGCCACGACACCAUGCGCUACUGCGUGGAUGACUACCUGGGGCCCUCCAACAAAACGCAGACGGUGACAAUAUUGUGCCAAGACGACCUGGAGGAGGCUUCACGCGUGCACCUCAGCCAGGAGGGUAUGGUGGACAAGUGCUGUCCCCAUGGCUACUACCUCAGCGCCUCCACCUACACGUGCAGGCCAGACGACCAGGGCCUUGAGCUGCUGGACCACCCACUCGUGCAGGCCGCCAACAUCACCAAGCUGAUCUUCACGUCGGUACCGGAGUGCCAGGUGUCGGGCGGCUACCACCACUACUACGUGGACCCCGACCUGGUGGGGGACGACCACGCCCUGCUGUCGACAGACCACAUGCUGGAGGUGGUGGGGCUGGAGUCCGGCUGUGCGUUCAUGCGCCACUCCUUACCUAGGCACGCCUACUGCCUGGACUACACCGUGAACGGCAGCGACCGGCGGCCCGGCGUGCUGGUGUGCGCCGGCAUGUGGCAGGGCUACAACCUGCACGCCGAGAAGUAUGACAUCACCAGCAUCCUGCUCGGGGUGUCCUGCGCCGCGUUCUUUGGGACAGCCUUCUGCCUCAUCUCCACCCGCGUCAGGCGGGGACUCGUCACCGUCAAGAAGGUGAACACCUUAGCGGGCCGGAUCCUGCUGAGCUACGUCUUCUCCAACCUGGUGGGCUUCCUGCUCCUGAUGGUGAACAUGAAGGUGGAACUGGAGGAAAGAAGCAGCGAGUGUCAGGUCAUAGCGUGGCUCCUCAUCUUCUUCCUGCUGGGGGCAUUUCAGUGGAACACCUCCAUCUGCCUCGAGUCCCUCCUCCUGACGCUGCACGUGGAGACCUCAGAGACGCUGCGCUACCUGUACCAUUCCCUGUGGGCGUGGGGUGUUCCCGCCUUCAUCGCCUCCCUUGCCCUCACACUCGACCACUACCGUCAGUCCCUCCCCUGCAGCGUCAUCACCCCUAAAGUUGGCCUCUACAGGUGCUUCUUCUCAGAUGCGGCAGCCACCCUCGUCUACUUUUACACCCCAAUGCUGAUCAGUCUCGUGGCUAACGUGGUGCUGCUGUUACUGAGUCGCCACUUGCGUGCUGAGAGGCUGAGGAAGCUGGAGUGUGGCCUUGCACGUAACCAAGUUUCAGACCCAGAGCGCGAGAGGACUGACAUGCAAAGGGGCAGAGACUCCGGCAAGGCCCAGACGCCCUCCAGUGACCCACGCCCGGCUCAGUCAGGCCUCAGAACUCACCAGACCCGCAAUGUGUGGCUGGAGUCGGUCAAGCUGGUGGUGUGGUCCGGCGUGACGUGGCUGCUGGAGGUGGUCAGUUUCGUCAUCAGCAAGUACAUGGUGACGCCCUCGGAGUCGUGGUACGACUACCUGUGGUACGUGCCGUCCAGCGUGAACGCCCUGCGCGGCGUGGGCAUCUUCGUCAUCCUGGUGCUGACGCCGGAGCGCCGCGUGCAGAUCCGCCGCACGCUGCUGGGCCUGGCGCGCCAAUCCGGCGUGAGUGAUUUCGCCAAGUCUGGGAAGGGCGACGAUUCGGGCAGCAUCAGCGUGGACGUGCCCUUUCGGGGUGUCGGAGAUUCUGCUGGGCCCGUACGCGCCGCGACGUCGCCCUCCUCGCAGCCCUCGGACGGUGGCGGACCCGAACAGGAUGUUGAGGCUGGCGCUGGGUGUCGUCGCCACUCCUCGCUGGGCAUCUACGUAACCCAUCUGUGACAGGUGGCUUAAAAGCAAUCACAGCGACGUUGAGCGCAUAGUCGUGAUGAGUCUCUCUCUCUCUUUCUCAGCAGCACACAGUUAAUUCUCCAAGCGGCUCUCCUGACGAUGGUUCUGCCGUGGCCAGUGACUCAAGGUGCUGUCAACUUCAUCCCAAGUAUGGAGAUGGGCAGCGGCCGCCCAGCCAGGUGGAGGGUGUCUUCAGGAAGCCAGCACCUCCUGUGUCUUCUCUGGGGCCAAAUCCACUUGUCAUCGGGAACCCAUGAGACAAUGGUUUGGAGGACCUGGCUGAUGUGAGCGUCACAGGAAAGUGUCAAGGUGCAGUUGUCGGCAGGGGUGCUGGAAUGAGCUGAGCAAGUCACUGAAAAAUGCAUUCUGGAGGAGACCCCGAGAACACUUCAGAAGAUUGUAUGAUGGCUUGAGUCCGCCAGCCACCGCCCUGAGGCACCCGCCCGCUGGCAACCUUGCAACAGUGGGAGCAGGUGACCUGUCCAUCUCUCUCUCUCUCUCUCUCUCUCUCUCUCUCUCUCUCUCUCUCUCUCUCUCUCUCUCUCUCUCUCUCUCUCGUACAAAGUCCUUUGAUUAAUAUUAAGUAAACUUUUUUGUACUUGUAUAAUAUAUAUACUAACUUAUAUUUUCGACAUUUGUCUUCUUCCUAAUUCAGUUAUUGUUGCUGCUAUCAACACAGUUCCGCUCCUCGUGGGUGUGUGUGGGUGGUGUCUUCGGGUCUGACGAGGCUUGGGUGAGCGGGUGAGUGGAUGGGUGGACGGGAGAAGGAUAUGGGUGUGGAAAUCCCAAGCGUGGGCGUGAGAGAAAGCAGAUGCAUGGGUGGGCGGAGGGUGUGAGUGGGAUUUACGUGUGUGUGUGUGUGUGUGUGUGUGUGUGUGUGUGUGUGUGUGUGUGUGUGUGUGUGUGUGUGUGUGUGUGUGUCUGUGUGUGUGUGUGUGUAUGUUUAUGUGAAUGAAAGUCGUUCGGAUGAGUUUGUGUGCUGUCAGGAAGAGAGAGAGAGAGAGAGAGAGAGAGAGAGAGAGAGAGAGAGAGAGAGAGAGAGAGAGAGAGAGAGAGAGAGAGAGAGAGAGAGGGACGCCUUUUA